AUGGCAACGCUGGGGUUCGACGACGAGGAGCAGCAGCAGCUCCACUACCGCUCCGAAUGGCACCGCUACAACCUCAAGCGCAAGAGCCAUGAGGCUGAGACAACAAUCCUGGAAGAUUUCGACUUCUAUGAGCAGCGGGAGAAAGCCUUGCAGGAGAACAGACGUCAACAGCAGCCUGCCAGCACUGAUCCUCAGAAGCUGCUGGAUACCAAGGCUCAAGGUCCCGUGGCCGAUAUAUCAGAUGCAUUUUCUAAGGCCGUACAGUUCAAGGAUACUGAGAACAGUGGGACAACCCCGAAAGCUGAGGUUCAGGCCGUCCAGUUGAAGGAUACUGAGAACAGUUGA